UUUUUUUCGAAUAUUUAAUGCUAAUCCUAAUAAAAAAUUGUAUUAUAAUAAACAUUAUUGAAAAAUGACAGCACUGCAAGAAAGGAAUUCUGGCCUCAUUCAAAGAAAAAAUAUACCAACCCAGAAUGGAAACGAUAGUAUUUAUAAAACAGAGAAAAUAUAUAACGAUUACAUUCAUGAUGAUGAUUCCAAAGAAACAAGAUUCACUAUUAUGGAAGAAAUAUUAUUACUAGGACUCAAAGAUAAAGAAGGUUACACGUCGUUCUGGAAUGACUGCAUAAGUUCAUCGCUGCGCGGAUGCAUCUUGAUAGAAUUAACCCUUCGAGGACGAAUCAAGCUGGCUGAAGCCGGCAUGAGACGGAAGAGCCUGUUGACCCGUAAGGUCAACGUCUUGUCCGACGUCCCCACUGGCGAUGCCCUCCUUGACGAGGCCCUCAGACAUAUCCGCGAUACGACUCCGCCCGAAGGCGUACAAAACUGGAUCGAAUUUUUGAGCGGAGAGACCUGGAAUCCGCUUAAACUCCGCUACCAGCUCCGCAAUGUCCGUGAGAGACUCGCGAAGAAUCUAGCCGAAAAGGGAGUUUUAUCUACCGAAAAGCAAAAUUUUGUUGUGUUCGACAUGACUACCCAUCCGCUGGUGGACCCCCAAGCCAAGCUCAAGCUGGUCUCGAGGGUUAGGAAUGCCCUUCUGGCCGACUGGACUCCUACAGGGUCUUCACCCAUCUCCGCCCUCCUCAACGCAGACACUGCCAAUUCCCCGCCCCCCGGCGGACGAGGGGAGGCUGCCCUGAAAUACACGCGUAGUCUUGCCACCAUAGUGCUCGCCCAUUUUGCGGAUGUGCUCGACAACGCACUUACUGGUGUAGCCGAUGACGAUGAGUACGAACUUGCUACACGCCGACUAAAGACCUUGCUCGACACCGAUCCCGAAGCUGUCGUGGCAUCUAUCCGCUCACCAUCCUAUUCCGCAAACGCGCCUACCGAUAAAGAUACCACAGAAAUUGUGAGCCUUGCGCAGGUUGCCCUCAACGGGUAUGUCAUGGUGUGGGCCUUAGUCGCGGCCUUCAAUAAAUAGAUAGCAUUUACCUCCGCUAUAAAUAUACGCGUUUUAUUAUGACGUCAUUAAUAUAUAAUUCGUAAUAUUAAGAGUUCUAUUCCUAUAUUAUAUAAAGAAAUUUCAUGAAAACUUUUUUUUAAUCCAUCGGGUUAUUUAUUAUGUAAUGAAGAAAUUAUGUAACCAUAUGUUGACCCUCUCUCAUAUCUUGAUAUAUGUUUUACCAUUAAUUCCUAAUGACAUUCAAAUUCUGCGUACGAAGAUAUAUUACGCAUAACCCCCCUCCUAACUAAAUAUUGUUAUUUAUAUAAACCUACUUCAUUUUCAUUUCUUUCUCGAUAGAUAAUUUAUUUAUCUUAUGAAAGUCCAACUUUAAUGCUCCAAAUUGACUUUUUUUUUAUAUAUUUAGAAUUUGUAAUGGAGCAAGCAAGCUGAUUUAUAAUGUUUUUUUUAGCGUUACCUAAAAACUUUUCAAAUAAGAUCAACUUGACAGAAACCAAAUUAAUGUUAUAUUGAGGCUAUAUAAAAACAUUUCCAUUCCACGUCAUCUCAAUUAUCAAAAAUGUCGGCUGAUUUUUUUAAAAAUGUUUAUUUUUAAAGGCAUGAUUGUAAUUGAAGGAAUCACUUCUUGUAAUGAUUAACCUGUCACAUUUUCAUUCCAAUUUGUCCAAACAAAUUUGUUAUACGACCACUUAAGGGUAAAUUAUAAAAUGACAUUUUUAAAUUAAUCGCGCAAAUUUGACAAUUGUCACACAGCGUCACAAUAAGUAGAUAAUUACCACACCAUGCUCGCUUUCUUAUUACACAUUAUACCAUUGGCGUUUAUAUUUUUUUCCAUUUUUUAUUUAAAUAAAUAUCUCGAAUAUUUAGAAGGGGGUUGAGGCGGGCAUUUGUCGAUUUAUUAUUUAUUUCGGGGUCUUGGUGUAUUGCAAAAUGUAACAUAUUAUAAAUUAUUCCACGUGGGAAAUUACUUUUUUUAUACCAUCAUAUUUUUUUAGUAUUUUAUUUGCCCACGAUAAUUCCCAAAUUUAUAAUAUUAUGAUUAUAAUAUAAACUGUAAUUUUUAUGACUUACAAAAUAAAUAUUAUUGGUAAUAUA